GGCUCCAUUAAGCCCCGCCCCGUGAGUCGAGGCGCGGCGACGGCGAUGGGUCCCGGCGGCUGUGUGGCGCGGCGUCUCGGGACGCUUCUCUGGCGUAGGGCCCUGUCCCCGCGAGCGGGGUCUGGGGCAAGCGAUGGGUCCCGGCUUCCGCUGCUGGCCGCGGGGCAGCUUCCGGCGGGACCAGCGGUCAGCGGGGCCUGCUUGACCCUCAGCCGUGCGCGCGGCCUGCAUGGUGGGCCGGGUCUGGAGGAGCGGGCGGAGUGGGCAGCUGGCGAGGGGCGCCCGGAAUUAGGCACAGCAGAUCAUGCUGGUCCCAAGUUUGACAUCAAUACUCUGGUUUCACUUCUGAGGCAGGAAAAUGCCAGAGACAUUUGCGUGAUCAAGGUUCCUCCAGAAAUGAAAUAUACAGAUUACUUUCUGAUUGUUAGUGGAACAUCUACCCGACACUUACAUGCCAUGGCCUACUACAUUGUGAAAAUGUACAAAUUCCUGAAAUGUAAAAGUGAGCCUCAUGUUAAGAUUGAAGGGAAGGACACUGAUGACUGGCUCUGCGUGGACUUUGGCAGCAUGGUGAUUCAUUUGAUGCUUCCAGAAACCAGAGAAACUUACGAAUUAGAGAAAUUAUGGACCCUACGUUCUUAUGAUGACCAGUUAGCUCAGAUAGCACCUGAGACAUUACCUGAAGACUUCGUUCUUGGAAUGGAAGAUGACACUUCAUCCCUGACUUCAGUGGAGUUCCAAUGUAUCUGGAAAAUGAAGCUUCAUUUGGGGCACAUUGCAGAUGAAGAAUGAUCCAUAUGCGGUGAGUACAAAUUCAGUUACAGAAUAAUUUCCUAGCUAUUACCAGAUACUCUAUUACCAAUGCUUAAUUGAAAGUAAAACAUGAUUUGCCACACUAA